AUGUCGACAACUCAGACUCAGACCGUGACGACGACGGUGGAGGCGCCCAAGCCCAAACUUCGCUACUUGCAUAUCAGCGAUGGAAAAGAUGCCAUCUUGAAAGUCAUGCAAGAGGACGGCGGCGUUGUGAUCCGCGAGUUUCUCACCGCCGAGCAGACUCGACAGAUCAACCGCGACAUCGACGCCGUGAUCGACAAAAUCGUGGACGGCGGCAAACAUGCCGACAGCAAAAUGCGCGACUUCCACGGACUCGUCACCAAGCGCAUGACGAACCUGCCGACGCACAGCAAGACGUUCCGAGACGAAGUGCUAAACCACAAGCUGCUGCACGAGAUCUGCGAGGACAUCUUCCGCGCAGACUCGGGAGACUAUUGGAUGAACACGGCUCAGGUCAUUGAUAUCGGCCCCGGCAACGUGGCCCAGCCGCUCCAUCGUGACCAGAUGCAGUAUGCCGUCUUCAGUGAUGUCGGGAGCAAGACCAAACAUGAAGCGACCAUCAACUUCUUCGUCGCGCUGACCGAGUUCACGGACGAGAAUGGCGCCACCCGCAUCAUCCCCGGCAGCCACAUCUGGCCGGAUCACCGUGACUAUGGUACUCAGGAGCAGACGAUCCCGGCUCUGAUGCACGCGGGCGAUGUGACGCUUUUCAGCGGCAAGACGUCUCACGGCGGCGGAGCAAAUCGAACCAAAGACUUCCGGCGCCGUGGUAUUGCGCUGUCCAUGCAGGCCAGCUAUCUCACUCCUGAGGAGGCCUAUCCGUUCAUCGUGCCACGGGAGAUCGUCGAGACCAUGACCCCGCUUGCCCAGCGCAUGAUUGCUUGGAGGUCGCAAUACCCAGUGGACUCGGGUGGAUUGUGGCAAAGUGAUUACUGCGAGAUUGCCGAUGUCCUUGGAUUGAAGGCAGCACCGCCAGUUGCGUGA